GUUGGCCCUCAGCGACGGGCUUCUAUCUAAUAUCAUUUUGCGUGUUACUUUACUAGUCGAUCUGGUGGCUAAAUUAACCCACCUCGACAAUGGCACAGCAUAACGCUGCGUCCAAGAAGCGGCGUCGCGAGCCGUUCAACGUUGACACCAAAUUGGUCGAGAUCUAUGAGGAUCUCGCAAAUGAAAAGGAUGAGAUCAGACUGAAGGCGGCCCAACUCCUGGUGUCGCAGUUCACUUCGGACAAGAACCCUGCCGAUGACCAGAUCAAGAAAACCUUGCAACGACUCUUCCGUGGUCUCUGCAGCAGCCGCAAGGCCGCCCGAAUCGGCUUCUCCAUCGCCUUGACUGAGAUUGUCUCCCAGGUCUUUGGCUCUCCGCGGGACUCUUCCGAGCUGAACAUCUCGACGGUGAUGAACAUCUGGGAGUCGCAGUCUAAUGCUUCCGGCAGUGAGUCCGGUCAGGAACAAAGAGAUCAUCAUUUCGGUCGCCUGUUUGGUGCGGAAGCGAUCAUCAAGUCAUCCAUCUUGUUCAAGCCCAGUGCCCCCUUCAACGAGUGGACCAAGCUUCUGGACCUGGUGUUUGAUCUGGCCAAGAAGAAGCCCUGGAUCCGGGAGGAAUGUGGCUGGAUUGUUUAUCGCUGCAUCUACGAGCUUGCGGCUCAGAAGGCUGAGGCCAAAUUUGUAGAGUCCGCUCUUGAGCGUCUGUGCUCGAACGAGCUUGCGCGGACCCCUGAGGGCGUGGCCAUCUGGCUCGCAGCCAAGGACUUGUUCCCAAAUGUUACAUUCCCGAACAAGGUCUGGAAACACGACGAUCCCCUCGAUGCGCGGGAGAGAAACCAGCUGGCCAAGGUCAUGAAGGAGUCCUCCACUGCCGACUCCGAGAACGAAGGUGGAAAGGCCAAAUCGUCCGGAGUGUGGAACUCGAAGCUUCACUUUGCCUGGGACAUCGUUAUGAGCAGACUUGGCGACGCGCCGGUGAAGGAGAGCUCCAAGUCGAAGUCUUCGGCUCGUAUUAGUUUCGUGGACUUCUGGACGGAAGUGGUCGAUAAUGGCCUCUUCUCCUCUUCGUCGUCCGAGGAGCGUAAAUACUGGGGGUUCCUUCUCUUCAACAAGGUCAUCAGCGACAGCCCGCUGCAAUUGGCUUCCCUGGUGUUCACGAAGAACCUCGUCCGGUGUCUGAUGAACCAGCUUGCUGUUGAGGAUCGAUAUCUGCAUCGCAUGGCCGUCAAGGCUGCCAAGGCUAUCCAGACCCGCGUAUCCAAGGAGCCCGAAUUUGCUGCCGCUUCUGUCCGUGGCCUCAUGGGCUCAUCUGGAUCCGUGAACUUCGACCAGGCCACCAAGACGAAGACGGUCGAAAAGAUCGUCGUGGACGCCAAUCUGGACGCCCUGAAACAGAUUGUUCCGCUCUUUGAAUCCCUCCUUGCGGCUCCGGGAACGACUGACAGCAAGGCUGCUGCAUCCAGCCGUCAGUUCUUGGCCGGCUUGCUCCUGUCCAUUGUUCGCGCCCGGGCUUCGGCCAGCGAAGCGGAAGAGGGCAUGCAGAAGAUCUUGGAGCAGAUUCUGUUUGCUUUUGUUCGAUUUGCCUAUUUCAAGCACAGCGAGGACGAUCGGGACCAGUCCGUUGUCCCGCCUUUGACGGAGCAGACACAGGAACUCUUCCGCAGCCGGAUCAACUCGUGCAUCAACAGUCUCAUUGCUACCCAGAAGUACGCGGGCAUUCCGUAUGCUGUGGUGCGUAAAAUCCGCGACGCAGUCAAGUCCGAGGAGCACGGCAAGUUCAUCAUCAACAUGGACGACACCAUCCAAGACUCGGUGAAGGGCGCCUUCAAGUCGCUGAAGAAACUCUCCAACAUGGGCGAUCAGGCCGUUGAUGCCUUCAAGCUGCUUUACUCUCUGACCAUCCUUCAAGUGUACAACGGCGAUGCCGAUGCGGCAUCCAUGCUCGAGGAACUCGACUUUUGCUACACCAAGAUCUUUGGCGACAAGAAGUCCAAGAAGGAAGAGACGUCGGAUGCUUCUGACGCUCUGGUGGAGAUUCUUCUGAGUUUCGCUUCGAAGCAGUCGCAGCUCUUCCGUCGCAUGAGCGAGCAGGUGUUUGGUGCGUUCGCAGACAGCAUCACGGAGAACGGCCUGGAGUCGUUGACUUCUAUCCUGGAAGCGAAAGAAAGUCUGGCUGGUCAGCAAGAGAUGUUCGACCAGCAAGACGACGAAGGCGACGAGGAGAUGAUGGACGUCGACGAGGAAGACAGCGACGUGGAAGUCGUUGAUGCGGGCUCUGACGAGGACAGUGACGAUGACGAGGCGGAGGGAGAAUCCGACAAUGGCAACGACGAGGAAGAAGCGCUCUUCGAGGCCAAACUGGCGGAAGCCCUGGGCACGCACCGCGCCGACCAGGACCUGAACGAAGAUUCGGACGGUUCCGACGCCGACAUGAACGACGACGAGAUGGAGGAGAUCGACACGCAGCUCGUCAAGGUCUUCAAGGCUCGUCGGGACGCCCUGGGCCAGAAGAAGGACAAGAAGGAUGCCAAAGAGAACAUGGUCAACUUCAAGAACCGCGUCCUCGACCUCCUCGAGAUCUACGUGAAGAAGUGCCACUCGAAGCUGUUAGCCCUCGAUCUUCUCCUUCCCCUGCUGCGCCUCACGCGCCGCUCCACCGUCAAGCAAAUCUCCAACAAGGCCAGCGGGGUGCUCCGUGAAUACACCAAGCACUGCAAGGGCACGGCGCUGCCCGCGCUGGAGUCGACGGAGCCCGUGUGGGAGCUGCUGAAAUCGAUCCACACCGAGGCCACGCACAGUGGCCCGCCGGCGCAUGCGUCGGCCUGCAGCCAGGCCAGUCUGCUGGUGGUGAAGACGCUGGCGGCGCACGACAAGACGACGAUUGCGGGGGCGGUGGAUGUCUACGCGGAGACGCGCAAGGCGCAGCUGCUCAGCAAGAAAUGUCACGUUCAGCCGUCGUUCUUCACGGACUGGAACAACUGGUGUGUUUCGUCGAGCAAGCAGCUGAAGAACUAGCAGCUGAAUUAGCAGCUGAAUUAGCAGCUGAAUUAGCAGCUGAACUAGUUGAGCUAGUCAUAC